UACUCGACGUGGAUGCUUGAAAGCGUUAUCGCUCGCAAGGAGGGCGUCAGAGCAGCCGACGGCCUACUCAGUGAAAUCCAAAAGGGAUUCUUUCAGGAAAGCUUGCGGGAAGCAAUCGCAGCCAGCAGCGACCCUGAACAAGCCGCGGCGUGGACCGAAUAUCAUCGUGAAAGCCUGCAAUAUGGCAUUGAUGACUUCACGAAUGCUGUCAAAGAUUCGCGUGCACCUCUGGACAGAGUCUGCGCAGGCCGCAGUAUACUGCAGAGCGACGUUGCGACGCCUGUGGCGGAGAAGGCUCUACAGGCGCUCCGACAGUCAAUAGAUCUCCAACUACGGAGUGCAAACGGUGGGUUUUGGUAUUUUGCCGACCCACCACUUCCAUACGAACAAUAUGGCAACCUCUCCUACAGCGAUGGCAUGUACGGAUUCGCACCCUUCGCAACGCUCUAUGGCCAGAAAUUCUCUGACGGCCUAAACAUCAAUUCUGCUCUUGAACAGCUAGAGAUUCUGUACCAACAUGUCCAUCACGCCGCGACGGGUCUCAUCGUCCACGGAUAUGACGCGUCUAAAUCUGCGCCUUGGGCGGAUUCGAAAACGGGCGCCAGUCCGAUGGUCUGGGGUCGCAGCAUGGCAUGGUACCUUAUCGGUCUAGUCGAUGCCUUGGAGUUGGCAGAAAACGAUAGCAGAACAAAAUCGUCGCCAGCGUACAAACGCAUGAGAACCAUCUUACACGACAUUGCGCGCGCCAAUGUGGUCGCUGCGAGACAUUCGGCUACUGUCACGGGUAGCUAUGCAGUAUGGCAGGUCGUUGACCAGCCAGGUGCAGAGGGCAACUACAUCGAAGCCAGCGCCAGUGCGAUGAUUGCCUUCGUCUUAGCAAAGAGCCUCCGCCUGGGGUACAUCUCCGACCACGUAAUCAUCGAUGGAUCUGCUCACUCGCCAAUUAGACAAGGCGCUUACGGUCCACAGCAGGCCCAAACGCCUCUUCCUGCCGUGCUCACUGUCGGGGAUGUCGUCCGAGGACUAUACGAUGAAGUUGUCACUCUAUUUGUUGUCGAGAACGAUUCCGGGCUGUUGGAAUUUCAUGGUACAAGCAUCAUCGCCAGCCUCCAUGAGGCACGACCGAAUUUUGAUUAUUACGUCAACCGCGCACGGGUGAAUGACAGUCUCAUCGGAUCAAGCGCAUUCAUUCUCGCCAGCCUUGAGAUGGAAAGAUGGCUCGCAGCUGGUUCCACCAUCGUUUGAAGACGUCUAGACGAUGACAGAAGAUUGAAUGAGAACAGUCUCACCUUGACUGAGAAUACCGACUUUCAUUGCAUGACCACGAGGGGCAGUGGAGAGUACGAGAGCGUCGCCACAUUCCAUGUAUAAAUAUUGAAUGAGGAAGUAUGCGAUAUUUCCUGGUCUUCAAAUGAUGAUUGAGCC